AUGAGCGACAGAAGACGCAUCAAUGGGCCUGUCGGCGCCACAAUACCUCCAGCUUCUGAAGAUGGAGCGAGCCGCGAAGUGGCGGGGUCAAGAGGCGGCAGAUCUAGGCCUCCAAAUGCAAUCCGCAAAAUGUACCUGAAAACCGGUGUCACCCCGUCCGCUUCCGGGUCUGCCUACCUAGAGAUUGAGACAUCGGGAAGGAGCGGCGUUUCUGGCCUGAAGCUCAGCUGCACCGUCCACGGGCCAAGGUCUCUACCGAGAUCGAGCCCCUUUUCACCACACAUCAUCCUCUCCACCCACGUCAAAUACGCCCCGUUUGCGACGAGGCAACGGCGCGGCUAUCUCCGCGACCCGUCGGAACGAGACCUCGGCACCCACCUCGAGGCCGCUCUGCGCGGCGCCAUCAUCGCCGACCGAUGGCCCAAGAGCGGCGUCGACAUCAUCGUGUCCAUAAUCGAGGGCGACCAAGACCGCGAGACCUCCAAAACCCAGGGCGACGAGUCGUGGGAUCUCAUGAACGCCCUGAGCGGCUGCAUCACCGUCGCCUCGGCCGCCCUGGCCGACGCCGGCAUCGAUUGCAUCGACACCGUCGCGGGCGGCGUCGCCGCCCUCGUCAGCGACAAGGGCGACGGCAACCCCAGCAUCGUCAUCGACCCAAUUCCCUCGGAGCACGACAGGAUCUUGGCCGCCUGCUGCAUCGCCUACCUGCCCACCAGAGACGAGGUAACAAAUCUGUGGUUCAAGGGCGAUCUGCCUGCCUCGGACGCCGAGCUGUACACGAAGCUUGUCGAAAAGGGGAUACAGGCAUCUGCGAAAGCAAACCGCGUGCUUGUCGAGUGUCUCGGCGAGACUGUGGGAUGA